AAUCGCCAAUCGAGGUCCACCCAAGCACUCGAUUAUGCGACUUCUGAACCAAUUUUCUAAACUUCCAUUAUCUAAACGAUCUCUAAACAAUUGGAUUCGACUAUCCUAUACUCCCGACGCAACACCAAUUGCUCGGGUCUCGCCCUCUUUUAUACGGUAUAAGGGAGGAUAGGGGCGUUGAUUUCCGUGUAAUGCGCCAUGGGUGGUCAAAGACAGGUUUUGCCCGGUAGGGUCUACCAGACAGUCACGACGUUACUGAACCAUCGCAUUUUCCCAACUGUUCAGGUUCAGCAGCCAUUAUGGUACAAAGUGAUCGAGUCGAUACCCCCUUCCGAAAUGCUCACAAGGCCACUUCCACCUCAGCACAAGAAGCAGAACCCCAAGGUACGAAAACCAAGCAGGUUAUUCCAACCGCAAGAAUUAGUAUACGAAGAGGACGAGCUACGGAGGACCUUUUACAAAGAUCACCCUUGGGAGCUAGCAAGGCCGAGAAUGAUAAUUGAAAUGGACGGGAAAGAUGCGCAGAGGCAUGACUGGUCCAAGGGAUUAAUACAGCCGGGCAUGCCCUUGUGCGGCGAAUGUGUUGUUCAACGUCAGUUAUGGAUGAUGCACAACGUCCCAGGCAUAACAAAAGAUCAAGCAUACGACAUAGUGCGGAGGGAAUUUUACGCAUUGCGACAGCAAGAGGAGGUUGAGCGCAGGAUAGCCAAGGAAGAGGCUCAGAUGGUGGGCGCAUAUUUCGGCAAAUCCUACUUACAAGUAGGUAUGGAACUCGAAGAUAGGGAGUAUGAGCAAUGGAAGAAGUGGGCUGGCAAGCAGAUCGAAGCAGUCAAGGCGGAGCGUGAAUCCGCCUACACAAGCUUCGGGGAUGAAGAAGUUGACCCCGAGAAUAUUGACAUGGACGAGUUCACAGCAGAAACAGAGGAGAAAUAGGCCCAGCAGAGUGCCUCGAUUAUUAAAUGUACCACAACUGUACGAAUCCUACAUAUAUACCACCACUAAGCCCCCUUUGGUCGACUUCACGACUCCCCGGGUCAGUGAAUGGGGUAAUUACAUUACAAGUCCUAUGAUCCUCCAUGAAUGAUGCUCGCCGAAAUUAACAAUGGGUAUCUUUUCGCUCUUUUACACUACGACUCCUCGGGUAUCGAAUUCUCCAACUGCUCUAUCCGAAGCAAGUAGGUUUGCCUCUAUGUCAAGUGUAUCAGUAAACGGCUCUACGAUUGGUCGGGUUGAGACUUACAAUUGCUUUCAACUUUUGUCGGUCUUCUUCAUUCGACGCUCUAUUGACGAGCUGUGAUAGAAGAGCACAUGAUUCUAGAUAGUAUUUUCGAGCGAAAACAUGUGAUUGAGUAUUGUCGAGUUGAACGGCGGUAUUUGCCUUCGCCAGCGCCGUAGCUAGCAUUGCCUUUGGCGACGGCAUCUCAGUAAAAUUCCUGUAGUAUUUAUUUAUUUUUAUUUUUAUUCUUUUUUCAAAAAGGCUGUUGAAGCUAUUUAUAAGAAAGAUGAAACCCAUCGAGUGCCAGUAUCACAAUUAUGAGAGGAGAUGGGACGAUGAUCUGACGCAAGGGGGUGCGGGUACUUGCAUAUCGCUUAACUCGGCUCGCAGUUUUGAUGCUUCAAUAUGGCGUCCCUGUCACAUAUUGUGAUAGUCCCGUUCCCUUACAUAC